ACCGCCGGAAGACCGGCGGGCGCCGGGCUUGGUGGACGCGCGGCCGCAUCUGGGGCCGCACUUGGGACCCUCCAGGGCCCGGGCGAGGGCGACCCGGGGCACGGGCCACAGCGACGGCGCGUCGGGAGGGUGGAGGCGCCGGGACUCCUGGGCUGCGGCCCAAGAGGCUGGGCGCCGGUGGGCCUGGCCUCUGCCAGCGGGCCGGCAUCCCAGCAGCGGCCGGUGAGCUGUAUCCUCGCCCGGGUCUGCGGGAAGCCAGUUCAGGGCGCCCCUCGCAUCGCGGCCCCCGAAGCCCCUCUCCCGGGGGUGCGGCCGGGAAAGGACACCUUGGAGGGGCGGUGGGUUGAUCUGGCGCCGCAGCACCCGCCCUAGGCCGCUUCUCGGGAAUUUGGAAAAGAUUCUCCGGUCCCGUCCGGAGGCCGAUAGUCCUCUGGGCUUCCGAAGGAAGCCUGCGUGAACGUUGGGCGUUUUUAAAAGAAUCGUUGGGUUGGCUGGGGAUGUGGUCUGUCUAUAAAAGGCUGGGAAAGAACAAAAUCUGUUACCCACGGCCCUUCUCCCAAGAGAUACCCUCUGGAGCUGAAAGCCUCAAGAACGGGCUCUCUCACGUCCCCAACUCUGGUCCUGCCAGCGUCCAAGGCCGGCCUGGGGCAGGAUAUCUUCCACAUGCUGCUACCCAUAGGAUGCGGCUGCUUUCUCUGCAUCAGUCACAACUGAAAACAAGAAGAAGCCAAACCCCCUGCCCGGCAAACUCCAGAAAGUUAGGCCGGCUCCCUUUCCAUUUCCUCACCAGGAGUGGACAAGGCCAGUCGGGUGGCAUCAUCAUGCUGCAGCAGCUCCUGAUCACCCUGCCCACCGAGGCCAGCACCUGGGUGAAAUUGCACCAUCCAGAGAAAGCCAAGGAGGGGGCACCCCUGUGGGAGCACGUGACCAAGAUGUUUGAAGGAGAAGCUCUGCUAUCUCAGGAUGCCAAUGAGACCCAGGGAGAAAGUUUAAAAGAUGAAGUGACCCCCGGGGCCCCGACAACAGACUCCCAGGAACUGUUGACCUUCAAGGACGUAUCUGUGGACUUCACUCAGGAGGAGUGGGGGCAGCUGGCCCCUGCUCACCGGAGUCUGUACCGGGAGGUGAUGCUGGAGAACUAUGGGAACCUGGUCUCAGUGGCAGGAUGUCAGCUUUCCAAACCUAGUGUGAUUUCCCAGUUGGAGAAAGGAGAAGAGCCAUGGUUGACAGAGAAAGAAGGCCCAGGAGAUCCCAGUUCAGACUUGAAGAGUAAAACAGAAACCAGUGCAUCAACUACAAAGAACGACAUUUUACAGGAACAAUUAUAUCAUGGCAUAAUGAUGGAAAGGUUCUUGAGGGAUGAUGUCAUUUAUUCUACAUUGAGAAAAGUCUCAAAAUAUGAUGAUGAAUUAGAAGGGCACCAGGAUAGUCAUGGAAGAGAUGUGAGACAAACCCUCUCGACCCAUAAGAAGAGAGGCCAAGAAACUUACAAAUUUGGCAAAAAUAUUGUGAAUUCAAAUGUUGUUAUAGAACAGAGGCACCGUAAAUGUGACACAUCUAGAAGGAGAAACAAAUACAAAUCAGAUUUGAUUAAUCAUCCAACAAGUUACAUAAGAACAAAAACCUACGAAUGUAAUAUAUGUGAAAAAGUCUUCAAACAACCCAUUCACCUUACUGAACACAUGAGAAUUCAUACUGGUGAGAAACCUUUCAGGUGUAAGGAAUGUGGAAGGGCCUUUAGUCAAAGUGCAUCCCUUACCACACACCAGAGAAUCCAUACUGGUGAGAAACCCUUUGAAUGUGAAGAAUGCGGCAAAGCCUUCAGACAUCGCUCAUCUCUCAAUCAACAUCACAGAACUCACACCGGGGAGAAACCCUACGUAUGUGAUAAAUGUCAGAAAGCUUUCAGCCAGAACAUUAGCUUGAUCCAACAUUUGAGAACUCAUUCUGGAGAGAAACCUUUUACAUGCAAUGAAUGUGGGAAAACCUUUAGACAGAUUAGACACCUUAGUGAACAUAUAAGAAUUCAUACCGGGGAGAAGCCCUAUGCAUGCACUGCCUGUUGUAAAACCUUUAGUCAUAGAGCAUAUCUAACGCAUCACCAGAGAAUCCAUACUGGGGAGAGACCCUACAAAUGUAAGGAAUGUGGGAAAGCCUUUAGGCAGAGGAUUCACCUUAGCAAUCAUAAAACUGUUCAUACAGGAGUGAAAGCAUAUGAAUGCAACCGCUGUGGAAAAGCCUACAGGCAUGAUUCAUCCUUUAAGAAACAUCAGAGACAUCACACAGGAGAAAAACCUUAUGAAUGUAAUGAAUGUGGAAAAGCCUUCAGCUAUAAUUCAUCACUUACUCGACACCAUGAAAUACACAGGAGAAAUGCCUUCCAAAAUAAUGCCUAAAAACAGAUUAUUCAACAUAAGAACAAAAUCCAGGUCUAAAUCAGUGAUUCUGUGCUUUCAAUUUCAGGACUCUAAAUUGGAGGAAUUGACGUAAUGAUGCCAACUUCUAAUUUUGCCCAUUGUGUAAAUAAAUACUACAUUGAAAACUACUGUCUACUAAUAUCUCCAUACAAAGUACUUAAGAAUAAAAGAUGGUUCUUCAAAUUAAAUUCAACAAUA